CUUCUCAAUAAGAUUCUUCCUGCAGCAAUCAAUUUACACAGCGAUAUUCUUCUCGUUAAGCAGUUGGAAACUCCCUUCAAGGUGCCGGAUUUUGGCAAAACUCUUUGCUCUCACUUCACAGUUCCAACUACUCACAUCAGUGAGGGUGUUGAAGACGCAUAUAUGGUGCUGUACGUUGCCGUUGGACCCUCAAAAGGUCUGGAUGAUAACUACAACACUAGUGGAAAUGAAUUUCUUUGUUGUGGUGAAAGGAAAAACAUUCCUACUGAAAGAGUAUUAAUAGGAGGUGUACACAAAGCCAUGUGCAUGGGAUUACUGCUAUUCUACAGAGGGGAAAAACAACUACAGGAAGUGAAUCACUGA